AUGCUACCCUUACCAGGGGCCCCGUCGUCUUCUUGGGCCGUAUUCUGUGAACGUCUGAGGAGGACAUUUAACGGCGCAGAUCCGAGAGUUUGCAUUGCUUUUUGGCUGUUUGGUCUUAUCAACAAUGUGCUCUAUGUUAUUAUCCUCUCCGCUGCGUUGGACCUCGUGGGCCCCGAGGUUCCUAAAGGGGUAGUACUGCUGGCAGAUGUGAUCCCGUCCUUCGGAACGAAACUUGUUGCCCCCUAUUUCAUCCAUAUGGUACCCUACUCGAUGCGAAUAAUGAUCUGCGUCAUGUUGUCGGUUCUGGGGAUGUCGGUGGUGGCUUUGAGUCCGGCGUAUACAGACGGAGGAGCCAUCUCGACGAAGAUCGCGGGUAUAGUCUUAGCCAGCCUGUCUAGCGGAGCUGGCGAGCUGAGCUUCGUCGCCCUGGUCCAUUACUACGGGCCGUUCAGUCUGGCCGCAUGGGGCAGUGGGACGGGCGCCGCGGGACUGGUGGGCGCGGGUGCGUACGCCCUGGCGACUUCGUCUUUGGGGUUUAGUGUCAAGGCUACGCUCCUCGCGUCGGCGUGUCUCCCUGCCGUGAUGAUGGUAAGCUUCUUUAUUGUCUUGCCGAGAGGCCCGCUCCGGUCUGUGUCGGCGGGAAAGCCAGAGUACCAGUCAAUCGCAGGUGGUGAUCGCCUCCGGGAUGAUUUUGAACCCCUUGAGGAGGUCGAGGAUGAGGGAUAUGGGAACGGGAUCCGUGACGAACAGGAUGGUCUUCUUGAAUCGUCUACUACUGGGUGUGGACACACUGCCGCGAACGGCGAGUCGAUACGGGGCCAGCGUUUAACAGUGAGCAUACAACGGGUGAAGAAGCUGUUUUUCCCAUACAUGGUCCCAAUGCUCCUGGUCUACAUCGCAGAAUACACCAUCAAUCAAGGCGUCUCCCCCACCCUGUUGUUCCCGCUGAAAGAUUCGCCAUUCGAGCAUUUUCGCGCCUUCUACCCGACCUAUAACGCCAUCUACCAAGUCGGCGUCUUCCUGUCUCGCUCGUCGACGCCGUUCUUCCGGAUCCACAACCUGUACCUGCCGUCACUUCUCCAAGUUUUAAAUCUAAUCCUACUCAUCCUCCAAUCCCUCUUCGACUUCAUUCCGAGUGUCUAUCUGGUCUUCGCCAUCAUCUUCUGGGAAGGACUGUUGGGUGGGCUUGUCUAUGUCAACACUUUUGCGGAAAUCAGCGACCGUGUUCCGAGCCAGGAGCGCGAGUUCUCACUCGGUGCUACGACUGUCAAUCACGUUCUCGGCAGACCAUCAACGAAGUUUCGCAAGCUCCAGGUCUUUGCUGUUGUGUCAUUUUGGUCUUACUAUUUACUCCGAGGAAAUAGUCAUGGUCCUCCCGGAAUUCGAAAGUUCUCAGCCCGCCUCGGUGGCAAGCUGACGCCAUGGCAGACAACGGUGGUCGUUCUGGUAUGGCUGUAUAUCUGUCGGAAUUUCUCCAAGAUCGUCGGUUUGGAGAGCCCGGAACCGAUGGCCAACCUCUACUCACGCUCCUUCUUUCGUGCCACAUGGAUCGCUACCGCUAUGGAUGCGGGAUUCUGGACAGCCAUGCGGGUCAAGCCAAAAUGGCUGCGGGACCUGGCCUCUCUGGUCUUCACAGUCUACUAUCUCUUCGCAGCCGAGCGCGCGGAUGACAAAGUGCGACGAGUUCGAGCCACGCUGACUGUGGACCACCUGCGUGUCUCGUGGAACAAAGCGACUACACCGUAUCUGUGGGCCCUCUCGAAACUCGUCCGACCACGGCUGACCAGUUAUCCCCCACGAGCCAUCCGGAUACCGCGCCCUAAACAAUCAGUAUACAAAGAACCAACCGAUGCGUGGCUGUAUUUUGAUGGCUCCUUGAGCUCCCUGCAAGAGCAAACCUGCGUGGUUCUGGAUAUUCCGGGCGGUGGGUUCGUGGCAAUGGGUCCUCGCAUGUCCGAGGAUAAACUUCUUGCCUGGGCAGGCAAGAUGAAGGUGCCGAUAUUGAGCAUCGACUAUCGAAAGGCCCCCGAAUAUCCCUAUCCAUAUGCAUUGAACGAGUGUUACGAUGUUUACCAUACCAUCGUUGCGACUCGCGGUCGCUGUCUGGGUUUGAGCGGAAAGUCCCCGCCUAAGAUCGUGCUGACCGGGGAAAGCGCCGGUGGAAAUCUUGCUGUGGGCUUGACCUUAAUGAUCCUGCAGUCUGGCAGCACUGAGUCGCGGCGGUGGCAUGGAGAAGACACUCUUCCUGCGCCGGACGGACUGGUCCUGGUCUACCCGUCGUUGAACAUGAGAGUGGAGAGCUGGAUGACAGAGGAGCAGAUGUCGCUGAUUCAAGAGACGAGUGUCCGUAAGAGGAACCAAAACGUCCUGAACCGAAAGAACGAAGAGUACCGUCGGAUCACGCCGCUUGCCACACCCGUGGCUUCUGACGAGCGAAUCCUUGACACGUCUGGUCCCGACUACUUCAAACGUAAAGAUUUCGGUGGUGACAAAUCCACCCCUCAGAGCACGGCCGAGACGCUCAAGGAAGCGGGCCAACUUGCUGCUCCCUUGCAGACCCUCUCCCCACAGAUUCGGACCCGUCUGGCCGUCUCUUCGAUGAUCUCUUACGUCCACGACCGAAUCUUGACACCAGAAAUGAUGCGAGCCAUGAUCAUCUUGUACAUCGGCCCGUACAACCGCCCUGACUUCAGCACAGACUUUCUCCUCUCCCCCGUUCUCGCCCCAGAGGCGCUUCUUGCUCGGUUCCCCAAGACCUUUCUCCUGACGGGUGAGCGCGAUCCGCUGGUCGACGACACGGUGAUCUUCGCGGGUCGGCUGCGCCAGGCCAAAUUGCAUCAGUUCAACGAACGACAGGAGCUAGGUUUGGAGAAGUCACAAAAGAGUUUCAAUGAGAAGGACCAUGUCGACGUGACCUUGAUCCCAGGCAUCUCACAUGGGUUUCUCCAAUUUGCGGGCUUCUUCCCGGAUAGCUGGAAGCACAUCAACCGAUGCGCAAAGUGGAUCGAAGAGCUCUUCACUCUGGCAGAGGCCAGUAGAUUGCCAUCUCCCACACCGAGCCUGACGGCCAGUACGCACCAACUCAAACCUCGACGCCAUAAGCGGACCCCAACGGGUGACUCGUCCGCAGACGAGGACAAACCGCUGGAAAUGGGCGUGUCGAAUAUUCGACCGCUGACACCAUUAGAUGGACCAGGGAGCUCGCCAGCUCAAGCGGAAACGGAACAUCCCCAAUCGCCAAAUGGGAGACCCUCGAAAGCCAAACGUAAGGAUAGACCGGUGAUGUCGAUUGCCUUGCCUGACCUUCAGAAUAAGGAUCAAAGCGAGGGUACCAGGGUGAAGAUCCGUCGCGAGAGGAGCUUCACGAGCCUGGCGAGCGAGGAGGAUCUCCUGGACCGACGGAUGACCGGGUUGGCGGGUGGGUUGAUGGGGAUUGGAGAGGGUGCAAGGACUCCUUAG